CAUUCACGCUGUCGCUGUUGUCGGGUCAAAAUUUUUUUAGAAUAGUAGAAUUAAUUAAUUGAUUCACAAUAAAUAAUUAUUGGAUCGUUAAAUAAUCAAAACCGCAUAGGGCGUCAGCAAUUCAUAUCACAUUUUAGGCACAAGAAAUUCGUUGCUUCGGAGUUCGGUUUAAACGAAAGAAAAUAAAAAGAAAAAGCAUUUUUUCGUUGCGUGUGUGAAGAAGAAGCAAAAACCAAAAGUAAACGCGGUGUACACACGAAAUUGUUGCUAACGAAAAGAAAGGCCAAGCAAAUAAGGCAAAUAAAUUAACACGCGCGCCAAUUAGUCAUUGUUGUUUUUGCUGCGGAUGGAAGACGUCAUUGAAAUUAGCGAUAGCGAACGCGAGGAAUCCUCAUCAACCUCAGAAAUGGACGUGGACACGCAGGAAGUGAACAACUCUGCAGCUGAUGCCGAGCAAAUUGUGCCAAAGGACGCGGCAACCAUUGCUGAAGAGAAAAAGAAACUGGGCAACGAUCAGUACAAGGCACAAAACUAUCCCAGCGCACUCAAAUUGUAUUCGGAUGCCAUUUCGCUGUGUCCCGACUCUGCGGCGUAUUAUGGAAACCGUGCUGCCUGCUACAUGAUGCUGCUCAACUAUAACAGUGCCCUGACGGAUGCUCGACAUGCCAUUCGCCUCGAUCCCAGCUUCGAGAAGGCCUAUGUGCGUGUGGCGAAAUGUUGCCUAGCGCUGGGCGACAUCAUCGGAACGGAGCAGGCGGUUAAAACGGUGGCCGAACUCGAUUCGCAGAGCAAGGCGCUGAGCAGCGAACAGCAGGCGGUGCAGAAGCUGCGACAACUGGAGACAACCAUACAGAGCAACUACGACAGUCAGGCCUAUCGCAAUGUGGUCUUCUAUCUGGACAGUGCACUGAAGCUGGCGCCCGCUUGUCUGCGUUAUCGCUUGUUAAAAGCCGAAUGUCUGGCUUAUUUGGGACGUUGCGAUGAGGCUUUAGAUUUGGCCGUAGGUGUCAUGAAAUUGGACAGCAACUCGGCGGAUGCGAUCUAUGUGCGUGGCUUGUGCCUCUACUAUACGGACAAUCUGGAGAAGGGCAUCUUGCACUUUGAGCGUGCGUUGCAAUUGGAUCCCGAUCAUCACAAGUCGAAGAAAAUGCGCAGCAAGUGCAAACAGCUCAAGGAGAUGAAGGAGAAUGGCAACAUGUUGUUCAAAUCGGGACGGUAUCGUGAAGCGCAUGUUGUCUACACCGAUGCCCUGAAGAUCGAUGAGCACAACAAGGACAUCAACUCAAAGCUGCUGUACAAUCGUGCCUUGGUUAACACACGCAUCAGUGCAUUACGCGAGGCGGUGGCCGAUUGCAAUCGCGUGCUCGAGCUGAAUGCACAGUAUCUGAAGGCGUUGCUGUUGCGUGCACGGUGUCACGGUGAUCUGGAGAAGUUCGAGGAGGCGGUGGCCGACUAUGAGACGGCACUGCAGCUGGAGAAGACGCCAGAGAUAAAGCGUCUGUUGCGUGAUGCAAAGUUUGCCUUAAAGAAGUCGAAGCGCAAGGAUUACUACAAAAUCCUGGGCAUUGCACGGAAUGCCACUGAGGAUGAGAUUAAGAAGGCGUAUCGCAAGAAGGCGCUCGUCCAUCAUCCGGACAGGCAUGCGGGCAGCAGUCUGGAGGUGCGCCAGGACGAGGAAAUCAAAUUCAAGGAGGUGGGCGAGGCAUACGCCAUCCUAUCCGAUGCGAGAAAGAAGCAACGUUACGACAGUGGCCAAGACAUUGAGGAGCAAGAGCAAGCUGACUUCGAUCCAAACCAGAUGUUCCGAUCGUUCUUCCAGUUUGGCGGCGGCGGCGGACGCAAUGCGUCGUUCAACUUUGAGUACUAAGCCUCCCAACUGCUCCCAAUCUACAGACUUGUAACACAAAAAACAAAACUCCAGACUAGCGUUCAGCGUCAUCGCCACAGAUAUAUACCUAUAUAUACAACAUAUAUAUAUAUAUAUCAUCAUUAUAACAACAUUUGCGGCAACUCACGCACAAAUCAAAGUUUAUGCAUUUUACAGACAUAUUCUUCUGAUCAUUUCUUUUUUUUUUUUGUCCUCAACUCAAUUGAUUAUUGACAAAUCAUGCGCCAAGUUUGCAACUUGAUGCCUUUUUAGCCUUAUUCUGUUUGGCAAAAUAUACACAAAUACAACAAAAUGUUAUAAAGAAAUUGUAGACUUGUAAAAUAA